AUGCCGAGGAAGACGACAGGCUGUUGGACUUGCAGAGUGCGCAAGAAAAAGUGCGACGAUGGCCGGCCUUGUUGCUCGUCCUGCACCCUGCGCGGAAUCACAUGUUACGGCUACGCCGCGAAACCGCACUGGAUGGAGGGCGGCGAGACGGAGAGGAGAAUCAUGCAAGACAUCAGACAUCAAGUCAAAGAGAGCUACAGACGUCGACGCUCUCGGGGCUCUGGUGCUGCGCGCUUGCAAACAUCGACGUCGCAGCGAGAUGGGCACGAGUCCAACGCAAGCACCUUCAUCCCGUCGCCCUCACACGUUCCUACGACCUUCGCUCCGUCGUUGUCGCCGGCUUCGGCAUGGCCUCAGGAAGAUCCGGGGACAUCAGACGAUAGUACGGGGCGCCCUUAUCCCCAGCACAACAGGCCCUGGGAGAACGAGGAUCGAAUGGAUGGUUUCGACGCAUACUGUGUGGUAGACGACGCACGUUCUGGGACGCAGAAUCCACAUGCCUACGCGCGGCGCCCGGAUUGCAAGUGUUCGGACGACCCAGGAACCGCAGAGGGUGAGCACUCCUGCGCACGGGAUCCUACCCGGUCUUGCCGGGUUUCCUUUGAUUUUGACGAAAGAGGCAUCGACUCGGUCAUGUACUACCUGGAUCAUAUCUGGCCCAGGCUGGUCCCGUACCUGGAGCUAUCCGCAGGGGGCAGCGGCAGAGGUUGGCUUCUCAAUCUAUUCCUCCGCACCAAACCCCUGUACACGGCCGCCGUCUGCCUGAGUGCGUGCGACAAGGCACAAUUUGUCCUGGGACCUCUGAGCGACAUUCCACAACCGAACCACGACUUGGAAAUGCAGCAUCUGCAAAGCGUCGCCGACCUACGCGGCCACCUGUACCAGUUGUCCAAGAAGGCGGGCGCAAGCCAGAUGGCAGCCGGGGUGGAAGCACUGGCCUGUAUCAUGCAUUUGAUUCUCUUCGAGCUCUGGAUCCCACGCAAAGGGCUCAUGAACGACUGGGUAAUGCACCUCGACGCGGCCAGUGCUCUGCUGUCAUCCCUCGACCAGGCUGCGGCUGCGUCGCCACGGGUAUCUUCAGGAAGCUCGGCCGAUUCUACUGCGUCAAUGUCAGACAUGAUCGAACUCGAGGUCGAUGUUAAAUGCAACAUCCCCAUCCAUCUUCUUUCCGAUGGGGAAAGGUCGGCCUUUGAAUUCUUCCUCGGCAUGUACACCUACUGCUUCAUCAACGCCACCGCCAGCCUAGGCCUAACCCCCCAGUCUGCGCAAUCGAUCGCUCGACUUCGCGCCUUGUACCACCAGGGGCAGAACAAACUGAGCACCGCGCUCGGAUGCGAAGACUGGGUCAUGCUCACCCUCCUCGACAUUGCUGUCCUCAAGGAUUGGAAGCAGACUAAAUCCAAAGCCGGCACGCUGAGUCUGAGAGACUUGAAUCAUCGCGCCGACAUCAUCGAAGGUCGCCUUCUGGACGGCCUGGCAAAGGUCGCCCAUCCGCUGCCUGCUUCGGCAUCUUUCAUACAGGAAGGGAAACGGAUGGUCACGAAUACCUAUAUCAACGCCGCCCUGGUCUACCUCCACGUCGUCGUUUCGGGAUUUUACCCGCACAUCCCUGAGAUACAGCAGAGUGUUUUGCGGACGCUACAAGCGCUGGAAUACAUGCGCGAGCAUUCGAGGAUUAAUUUCCCCUCCUGGCCCUACUGUGUUGCUGGCUGCUUAGCUUUGGAGUCGGAAUACCCUCGCUUCCGUGCGCUGGUGCCUCCUUUUGAAAAGGGUAAACAUCCUCUAGUUCUGUCCAGAUGGACGCUGGAAAUAAUAGAGGAAUGUUGGAACACUCGAGCUUCGCAGCCGCCAGGUGAAGAAACGUGUAGUUGGGUCACAGCUAUGAAUCACUUGGGGACUAGACUAUUGCUCCUGUAA